AUGUUGCAAGAUAUGUGGCAAAAAGUGAAGGAGAUGAGGGAGGAAAUAAAGGAACAGGGAGAGAAGAUAAGAGAGGAGAUGGAGGAGAUAAGGAGAGAUUACAAGGUACAGAUGGAAAGAUGGAGAGAAGAAAAAAAAGAAUUAAAAGAGAACAUGGAAGGUAUGAAGAGGAGGAUAGAGGGACUGGAGAGGAAGAUGGAGGAAAGGAAGGAAGGAGAAGGAGAAAAAGAGGAACACACAGGGAAUGGAAUACAGAAAAAAGUAGAGGAAAUGGAAAGGAAAUGGGAGAUACUAGAAAAGGAGGAAAAAAGAAGGAAUAUAGUAAUAAAAGGCUUAGUAGUCAAGGAGAGGAAAAGAAGAGAGAGAAAGGAAAAAUUGUUAGAGGAGAUAGAGGCGAGGGUGAAGAUAAUGAAAAUAAGGAAGAUAGGGGAGGAUAGAGAGAUGGGGAGGGAAAUGGUGGUGGUAAAACUGGAGAAGCAAGAACAGAAAUGGGAGGUGAUGGAGAAGAAAAAGAAAUUGAAAUGUAAAAAAGAAAGAAUAGACACGGAUUUAACGUGGAAAAAAAGGGAGAUAAGACGAAAGUUGGGAGAAAUAGCAAGAAGAAAAGAGAAAAGAGGAGAAAGGACGGUGAGUAAGUAA